AUGGUACAGCGGGCACUAAAGGAAGCAGUAGUAGUCAAGCCCCUAAAGAAAGUGCAUUUCUGUAUUGAGAAAGUGCACCAGAAAGAACCAACCAAGACCCCGACGGCUCCAAUAUUAAUAGACCCUGAGAGAGAUGAUGAUGAGCCUCCUCCAUAUAUACCUGUCACUCCUGCUGCUGUCCUUCAUACUCCACAUUCCAAGCGAAGAGAGAGGGCUUUUGCGAAAGAAAAGGCGGAAAGGGACUUAGAAGUCUACCAGUCCCCAUCCAUGCGAGAACUGCAUGAACUACGGGACAAGAUGGCAGCGUUGGCAGAGAAUGUGACGAAUGGUAUGCAAUUAAGAAGUGGCCGAACACUGGAAUUGUCUUCGGAGCAGGGGCAAAGUGGGGCGGCUGGACUUCACCCCCUGAGAGAAAUGGUGAACCCAGCCCCAGGUGCAGGUCGAGACGGCGUCCCAGCUACAAUACAGACCUAUGUACCUUUCACAUCAACGGAUUUGCUGAAUUGGAAAAUGCAUAACCCAUCCUACUCAGAGAAACCCCAAGUUUUAACCGGUUUGGUGGAAUCUAUUAUGGCCACUCAUCAACCCACUUGGCAGGAUCUACGACAACUCCUAGGCACUAUCCUCAGCACUGAGGAGAGACGCCGAGUGGAUCAGCAGGCUCAGCAGUGGUUGAAGGCCCAUGUCCCAGUCGAAGAAGCUGAUGCCAACGGUUGGGUGGCUGCAAGGUAUCCACUCACAAAUCCGAAUUGGAAUCCGAACAAUACUGCCCAGCUGGAACUAUUGAAAUGGUGUCGCAAUGCAGUGGUGGCUGGCAUGAAAGCAGGAACAGUGAAGGCCCAUAAUCUAAGCAAGAUCGCUGAGGUUCGGCAAGGGCCUGAUGAAACCCCUGGGGCAUUCUUGGAAAGACUGUAUGAUGCAUAUAGAAACUAUACCCCUUGGGAUCCUGAAGAGCCAUGCAACCAACGGACAGUAAACAUGAACUUUGUGUCUCAGUCUGCAACGGACAUCAAGCGUAAACUCCAGAAGCUUGAAGGGUUUGCAGGAAUGAACGUGGCACAGUUAUUGGAAGUGGCAAUGAAAGUGUAUGUAAAUAGAGACGUGGAAAAGGAAAGGCAAGACAAGAAGAAAAUGAAGGAAAAAGCAGGAUUCCUGGCCGCAGCACUUGCGGAAGGGACCCCAGUGCAACGUGGACGUGCCAACCUGAAAUUACCCUCACAGGCAGCAGGCGUAUUCACCCUGGAAGUGCCUCAAUCCGAGGGAUGGCGCGUACUGGCAGCUCUGGCAGAACUAGAACAACCAUCUCCCCUGCCGAUCGGGAUGAGUGAGCUGAUGGAGAUGGCCCCUCCCGGAGUAUGGGCAGAGGGCAACCCACCAGGCCUGGCAGUGAACGCAACUCCCGUGAUGGUACAGAUCAAGCCUCAAGCCCACAUUCCUUCCAUAAAACAAUACCCGAUCAGCAGAGAUGCUCUGUUGGGAAUUUCUACCCACAUCGAAAGAUACCUACAAUAUGGACUCUUGAAGUGUUGCCACUCCCCGUGGAACACCCCUUUACUCCCGGUCCGCAAGCCUGGGACAUCUGAUUAUCGACCUGUGCAAGAUUUACGGGCAGUUAAUCUAGCUACGGAAACUAUUCAUCCAGUGGUACCAAACCCUUAUACCCUGUUGGGCCUCAUACCACCAGAAGCAGACUAUUUCACAGUCCUGGACCUUAAAGACGCAUUCUUCUGUGUUCCCCUAGCGGAACAGAGCCAACACAUCUUUGCUUUCCAAUGGCAGGAUCCUUAUACUGGUACCAAGGGUCAGCUCACAUGGACUCGCUUGCCCCAAGGAUUUAAAAAUUCGCCUACUUUGUUUGGAGCUGCGUUGGCAAAAGACCUGGAAAACUUCCCAUCGAUCCCAGGACAGUGUGUCCUUCUUCAAUAUGUAGAUGAUUUGCUCCUGGCCACAAAGGGGCGAGAGGAGAAUGAGAAGGCUACGUUACAACUUCUACACCUCCUGUAUGAAGCUGGAUAUCGGGUCUCCAAGAAAAAGGCCCAAAUGUGUCAACAAACAGUCCAGUAUCUCGGCUUCACUAUCUCGCAGCGCCAACGUGCACUCAGACCAGAGAGAAAGGAAGCUAUUUGUCUAAUCAAAGAACCACAGACACGAAAACAACUGCGUGGGUUCCUGGGAGCUGCGGGUUUCUGCAGGAUUUGGAUCCCUGAUUUUGGGACUAUUGCCAAACCCCUCAAUGAAAGUACCAAAGGAGGGGAACGUGAUCCUUUUGAAUGGGGGCCAGAUCAGCGUGCAGCUUUCAAUCAGCUUAAAAAGAGAUUGAUGCAGGCCCCUGCCUUGGGCUUACCAAACCCAGAUAAACCCUUCCAGCUCUAUGUUCAUGAGCAAAGGGGGGUAGCCGCAGGAGUUCUGACUCAGAUCCUAGGAACUUGGAAAAGACCAGUGGCUUAUCUUUCAAGGCAACUGGACCCCACUGCCAAAGGAUGGCCACCUUGCCUGCGUGCUGUAGCAGCAACAGCACUCCUUGUCCAACAAGCUGACAAACUGACUUUUGGUCAAGAAAUAGUGGUGAAUGUCCCACAUUCCGUACUGACCCUAAUGGAAUACAAAGGAAGCUAUUGGUUGUCCAAUGACCGGAUGGCAAAAUAUCAGGCUCUGCUGUGUGGGAAUCCUAGACUCAAGCUGCAAGUAGUGAACACCUUGAAUCCAGCAACGCUUCUUCCCCUUCCUGACCUGGAAGGGGGCCCAGAUGAGCAUCAUGAUUGCUUGCAAGUGAUGGAUGAAGUCUACUCCAGUAGACCAGAUCUUAAGGAUGAGCCAUUGGACAAUGCAGAUGUAGAAUACUUUACAGAUGGAAGCAGUUUCAUCCGAGAUGGUAAAAGGUAUGCAGGAUACGCAGUUACUACUAGAUGGGGAACGAUGGAAGCCAAACCCCUCCCUAUCGGCACAUCGGCACAGAAGGCAGAGAUCAUUGCAUUGACCAGGGCACUACAACUCUCUGCUGGAUGCACUGUAAACAUUUACACAGAUUCCAAAUAUGCUUUCACAGCUCUCCACGCCCAUGCUGCCCUAUGGAAAGAAAGGGGCCUACUUUCAGCUUCCGGAAAGCCUGUGAAGUAUGGACUUGAGCUUCUCAAUUUACUGGAAGCUGUAUGGGCUCCAAAGGAGGUGGCAGUAAUUCAUUGCAGAGCACAUCGGAAAGGUGACUCCAUCAUCCAAAAGGGAAACCGUAGGGCGGACCUGGCUGCCAAACAGGCUGCCGCGGAAGAUGACAGUACCCUGCAAAUGGCCCUGAUCCCAGAUGUUUUGGAAGGAGUAGAAAAGCCCAUCUACACAGAGGAAGAAGAAGAAUUUGCCGCUGAUGAAGCCAAGGAACAGACUGAGGAUGGAUGGUAUAUCUUGAAGGAUAACCGUGUGUUUGUUCCCCGUGCCGUCGCCAUUGCAGUGGUCAGAGAUAUGCAUCAGUCCACCCACUAUGGCACUAGUGCCUUGGUGGACGCUCUUCAAAGACAGUGUUACAUAGUAGGACUAUCACAGAUAGCCACAACCAUAACUAAGGCAUGUGUACUUUGUGCUAAAAACAAUGCAAAACAGGGACCGCUAGCCCCGCCUGGGGUACAACAUAUUGGAGUGAUCCCCAUGGAAUCUAUUAUAGUAGACUUCACUGACCUGCCCAAGGCACGGGGUUUCCAGUAUCUUUUGGUCUUUGUGGAUACCCUGACUGGGUGGGUGGAGGCCUAUCCGACUAGAACCAAAAAGGCCCGGGAAAUUACUUGUAAAUUGCUCCAUGAAAUCAUCCCUAGGUUCGGUCUCCCACGUGUUAUGGGUAGCGAUAACGGUCCAGAAUUUAUCGCAGUGGUGGUUCAAGAGAUCUCCCAGGCUCUGGACAUUAAUUGGAAAUUGCAUUCUGCCUGGAGACCACAAAGCUCUGGGAAAACUGAAAGAAUGAAUCGGACCCUAAAAGCUCAGUUGGCCAAACUUUGUCAGGAGACCCACAUGAAAUGGACAGAAGCUCUUCCAAUUGCUUUGUUCAGAAUUCGUUGCAGCCCCAAAAGAGCCCUGAAAUUAUCACCUUUUGAGUUAAUGUAUGGCAGGCCCCCACCACUUUCCUUACGGGUCAAUAGUGGGUUGGUAAUUGCUGGGGGACAUGCAUUACGUGACCAAGUACAGUGUCUCGCUCGUGUUCUUUCUUCUCUCCGCAGGUGGAUCCUAGAACGCACCCCGAUUAGCUUAUCUGAGCCAGUGCAUCCUUUCACACCUGGUGACGAAGUCUGGUUGAAAGAGUGGAAGGACGGACCGCUGGCGCCACGGUGGAGAGGACCAUUCCUCGUUUUGCUCUCCACCCCAACCGCUGUGAAGUUGGACGGGGUUGCUCCGUGGAUCCACCACACGCGCGUUAAGCGCUCUGAGGGGACCUGGACGUGUUCUCGUGAUCCAGACUCUGACUUAAAACUGACUCUGCAUCGACAUAACCCUUAA